UUCUGAUUCUGCCCAGUUAGAUCGGCAACGGGAGCGGAAAGAGGAAAGCUGAGAGCCCGAAGGCAGUAGCCCCCACCACCGCCGGCCCAGGUUACCAUCUAGCACCGGGAACAUUGCAGAGAGCCGCCGCCGGCAGAAGCCAUUACCAACCAGUAGUAACCAUGAGCAGCGAGGCCGAGACGCAACCACAGGCACCUCCUGAGCCUGCUGCCGAUGUGGAGGAACCAUCCAGCCCGGAAGCCGCAGCUUCCACGUCGGAUAAGAAGGUCAUCGCAACAAAAGUCUUGGGUACAGUAAAAUGGUUCAACGUCAGGAAUGGAUAUGGUUUCAUCAAUAGGAAUGAUACAAAGGAGGACGUUUUUGUACACCAGACUGCCAUCAAAAAGAACAACCCAAGGAAAUACCUUCGCAGUGUUGGAGAUGGAGAAAUUGUGGAGUUUGAUGUAGUUGAGGGAGAGAAGUCUGCACAGGGAGCCGAGGCAGCAAAUGUCACCGGCCCAGGGGGCGUUGCAGUCCAGGGGAGUAAGUAUGCCGCAGACAGGAACCGCUAUAGGCGCUAUCCCAGAAGGAGGGGCCCUCCCCGUCCUGGAGACUACCCAGAGAACUACCAGAGUGAUGGAGAGGGUGAGCCCAGCAGCGGUGGUCGUGACAAAGGCAGCAGAGACGGGGGAGACAGCGCCCCAGAAGGAGAAACUCAGCCACAGCAGCGCAGACCCGCUUACCCAGGCAGACGGCGCUACCCACCAUACUUUGGAGGUGAGGGUGACGAAAACCAGGGCGGACCAGACCAGGGCAACAAACCAGCGAGGCAGAACUACUACAGAGGCUUCCGACCAAGGGGUCCACCCCGUCCCAGACCGGUGCGGGACGGUGAGGAGGACAAGGAGAAUCGGGAAGGUGAGAGUGGUCAGGACCAACAGCCCCGCCAGCGUCGCUAUCGCCGUAACUUCAACUACCGCCGCAGACGCCCACAGAGUGGUGGCAAGCCUGGAGAGGAACCCAAGGAGGCCAAGGCAGGAGGUGACCCACCUGCAGAGAAAACGUCCGCUCCCGAGGCCCAGCAGAGUGGGGCUGAGUAGGAAGCAAACUGCCCACCGGCACCUACCAUCUUUUACCAUCGUCCGGUUUUUUUGUCAACAAGAAACAUCAAACAAGAUCUGAGCAAUAAAGAUUUGACUUGACGAACGUCACAAGCUUGCACCAUGCAUUUGACCAGAUUACCACCGAUUGCCUGCAGAAUCUAUGCAGACUCGUUUUUUUUUCAUUAUUUUUAUGUGACAGCUACAAAACGUUUUUGGGAAACAGCAAAUGUUUUUCUAAAUGUGUCCUAAGUUUUUACACCAAAUGGUUUUUAAAGAAAAAAAUGGAAUUUGAUAUCUGGUCAGUUUGACAUUUUUAAAUAACUUUUUAUGUAUUCAAACAUUUUAACAAAAUGCAAGCUCAAAUAAAAGUCCAGAAACCAGGAA